UGUCCAGCUAUAAACAAACUCUAAACAAUAGCCAAUAUAUCAGUUUACCAUAUUAGUUUACCAUCCUCGUGAUACAUCCAUUUAACUAUGUAGUAGUUGGGAAGCAUCAGCACGAACCAGAAAAGGAAAAAUCCCAGACAUUUUCCUAAAUUAUGCAAAAGGAACUUCAAGAACCAGCAGGAAAAUACUCCCUUAAACAAAACGGAAACAAACGCAACCCUAAAUCCCUAAUCAUCAUAGUCAUAGUAGAAAAUCUGAAAUCAAGCUCUCUUCCCAGUCUCCUCCAGUCCCACAUAGAUCUGACUGCCGCAUACUUCACCACAUCUGCCCUGUUGACUGUGGAGUUUAACACUCUUCACCACCAUUUAUGCAGGGAAAAAAACCCCAAGUACCCAUCAAGCCGUCUCGCCGACUUCUUCAAAACCAACACUAAAGUCCGUCAUCUCCCACCGCUAGGGUCCUAGGCGGCGAGGCAUGUUCUACUUCUGUCAGAGUGUCCCGGUGCUUUUUACGCGUUUUAUCUCCAGGUUUAGGUUUGUCCUGCUAGCUUAAUUCAAUGGCAUGGACAGAGAACGACGCUGAAAACGUGAAGGAAGCAGGCUCAGUGACUAGCAAUGGUUUUAUAAAAACUGACCAACUUCCAUCAGGCAGUGGAGGCUCUCCGGGUUGCAGUAGUCCUGUGGAGGAUAGAGUUGAAGGGAAGGAUGAUGUAUCUUUUGGAAACAUUCUUCGAUCAAGAAACAAAUUUGUUGAUGCGCUUGCUAUCUAUGAGAAGGUAUUAGAGAAGGAUGGUGGAAAUGUUGAAGCUCUCAUUGGCAAAGGAAUUUGCCUGCAGAUGCAGAACAUGCCCACUCCCGCUUUUGAAUGUUUUGCAGAAGCUAUCAGAUUGGAGCCACAGAAUGCAUGCGCUCUUACACAUAGUGGAAUUUUGUACAAAGAUGAAGGCCGACUGGUAGAAGCAGCUGAGUCUUAUCAAAAAGCUCUGAAGGCAGACCCUUCCUAUAAACCAGCUGCAGAAUGCCUUGCUGUCGUAUUAACAGACCUUGGAACCAGCUUAAAACUUGCUGGUAAUACCCAGGAAGGUAUUCAAAAGUACUAUGAGGCAAUUGAAAUAGACCAACACUAUGCUCCUGCUUAUUAUAACCUUGGUGUGAUAUAUUCGGAGAUGAUGCAAUAUGACUUGGCGCUUAGAUGCUAUGAGAAGGCAGCAUUGGAGAGGCCGAUGUAUGCUGAAGCAUAUUGCAACAUGGGUGUUAUAUACAAAAAUCGGGGAGAUUUGGAGUCAGCUAUUGCUUGUUAUGAGAGAUGUUUGGCUGUGUCUCCGAAUUUUGAGAUUGCAAAGAAUAACAUGGCCAUUGCCUUGACUGACAUUGGCACAAAGGUUAAACUGGAUGGGGACAUUGAUCAAGGUGUAGCUUAUUACAAGAAAGCUUUGUACUACAAUUGGCAUUAUGCUGAUGCAAUGUAUAAUCUAGGAGUUGCUUAUGGGGAACUGCUGAAUUUUGACAUGGCAAUUGUGUUCUAUGAACUGGCAUUCCACUUUAAUCCUCAGUGUGCCGAGGCAUGUAACAAUUUAGGAGUGAUAUAUAAGGAUCGGGACAACAUUGAUAAAGCAGUGGAGUGCUAUCAGGCAGCUUUGUCCAUCAAACCAAAUUUUUCUCAGUCGUUAAAUAAUCUCGGGGUAGUCUAUACUGUCCAGGGUAAAAUGGAUGCUGCUCAAAGCAUGAUUCAAAAAGCUAUUAUCGCAAACCCUACCUAUGCAGAAGCGUAUAACAAUUUAGGAGUUCUAUACAGAGAUGCAGGGAACAUAUCUCUUGCCAUUGAAGCGUAUGAACAGUGCCUUAAGAUAGACUCUGAUUCAAGAAAUGCUGGGCAGAAUCGUUUGUUGGCAAUGAACUACAUACAUGAGGGAGCUGACGAUAAGCUAUAUGAGGCUCACAGAGACUGGGGCAGGCGCUUCAUGCGAUUGUAUACCCAAUAUACUUCAUGGGAUAAUCCAAAAGAUCCAGAAAGGCCACUAAUAAUUGGAUACGUGUCUCCUGAUUUUUUCACUCAUUCUGUAUCAUAUUUCAUUGAGGCACCCCUCACCUAUCAUGACUAUGCAAAUUAUAAAUUAGUCAUCUAUUCAGCUGUUGUUAAGACAGAUGCAAAAACCAACAAAUUUAGAGACAGAGUAUUGAAAAAGGGUGGUGUCUGGAGAGAUAUCUAUGGGAUCGAUGAGAAAAAAGUUGCUAGCAUGAUUAGAGAAGAUAAGAUUGACAUCUUGGUGGAACUUACUGGCCACACUGCAAACAAUAAGCUAGGAAUGAUGGCCUGCCGACCAGCCCCUGUUCAGGUGACUUGGAUUGGCUACCCAAAUACUACAGGGUUGCCUACUAUUGACUACAGAAUUACUGAUGCUCUUGCUGACCCUCUGGAUACAACACAAAAACAUGUUGAGGAAUUAGUCCGCUUGCCAGAGUGCUUUCUUUGUUAUACACCAUCCCCUGAAGUGGGCCCCAUAUCUCCAACUCCUGCCCUAUCUAAUGGAUUCAUCACUUUUGGUAGCUUUAACAAUCUUGCAAAGAUAACACCAGAAGUGUUGCAAGUGUGGGCAAGGAUUCUAUGUGCAGUUCCUAAUUCACGAUUGAUUGUAAAGUGUAAGCCUUUUUGUUGUGAUAGUGUAAGACAAGGUUUUCUUUCAACCAUGGAGCAGUUGGGCCUGGACCCACAACGUGUUGAUCUUUUACCUCUAAUCCUUCUUAACCAUGAUCAUAUGCAAGCAUACUCUCUUAUGGACAUUAGCUUGGAUACUUUUCCAUAUGCGGGAACAACCACUACGUGUGAAUCUUUAUUCAUGGGAGUUCCUUGUGUCACUAUGAGAGGCUCUGUACAUGCUCAUAAUGUUGGUGUGAGCCUCCUCAAUGCAAUUGGGUUAAAAAACUUGGUUGCUGAGGAUGAAGAUGAAUACGUUAAGUUGGCGAUUCAGUUGGCAUCUGAUCUUACUGGCCUCUCAAAGCUGAGAAUGAGUCUCCGGGAUCUCAUGUUGAAAUCGCCUCUAUGUGAUGGGUCACAAUUUACCCUGAAUCUUGAGGAGACAUAUAGGAGUAUGUGGAGCCGUUUCUGUAAGGGAGACGUGCCAUCGUUGAAACAUAUGGUGAUGUUACAACAGCAGCAGCAGGAGGAGAAGACGGUUCUCGAAGGUGCUGUUGAUGUUCCUGACCAAAGAAGCACAACUGCCGGUUCAAUUAAGGCCAAUGGACUCAGUGUAUCGUCUUCUUCUACAUUAAACCACCAUUCGGCGACAGAGGAGAACGAAAAAUCAUGAAAACAGGGGCUGCUGUUGAUGAUAUUAUGUGUAGAGACUAGAGAGGAGAUGUGGCUUCGGAUUGAGGUGUGUGUAUAAUAAUUUCCGUGUUUAUGAUGGGGAUGCGUUUAGAUUUAGAUGUACAAUUAGAUUUGGUUUUGUGGAAGUAGUAAAUGAUGAGUGGUGAGGGCUUUUUUGUCAGUCAUUCAUUUUAACACCCCCUUAAUUAUGCAUUGGGGCCUUCUGUAAAAAAAUUAAAUUAUAGGGACCGACAUGCGCCCUCAUUCCUCAAUUUCAAUUGAAUUCCCAAAUUUUUACUAGAUACAGAGUAUUUAACAAGAAACUAUGCAAGAUAGUUGUGGAAUAAUCACUCACACUAAUAAGUAAUAAGGUG